AUGAGUCGCGUUCAACCACUUACGUUAACAAAAAUAAUCCAGAGUGCUUUCGUUCUAUUAAUGGUGGUGUUGUGCGACAUUUGGAGGUGCGGCCCUGGCUAUGGAUUUGGGGUCCGACUGUACAACGAUUGCAGUAGUCGAAAUGUCAGGGUUGACUACCGGGGACGAGUUCUCGCCGACGACGAGACUUCGAAUCCAUUUCAAAACCUAACCGUCAAAUCCAUGGACUUCAGUAUUCGACUGUCGAUAUUCGCUGAGGAGUCGCAUCGGUAUUUGUGUUUCAACAACAAAUGGUCCCUUGUUGGUUCGAAACAUUUCCGCGGCCCGAAGUGUCUGUUCUACGAGGAGAUGCUGUCCACUGGGUACACACGGUACAAGUCGGUGGUCGACAAGUCGCGGUACAUAGGUUUCAACCGGCGGGGCCGUCCAAUGAGGCGGCACGUGUUCCACACGGACCCGCUGAACCGAUGCCUGAACUUCCUCAAGCUGGACACCAAGUUUGACAUCGGUGACCAUAAUCGCAAGGUGGCCGCUUCGUCGGGCAAGACCAUUGCCAUCGGCGGCAGCGGAGGAAAGCGCAACGGCUCGUCCAAGAGACCGAUAGCGUCGGCCGGUAGCGGUUACAACAGAAAAUCGCUAACGACCUCCACAACGACAACGACCACCACCACCACCACCACCACCACCACCACCACAACGACCACUACACCACCACCACCACCACCUCCACCAUCACCGUCAACACAUCCUUCUUCUAAACCACCAGUCAAGCACAGUCGAAUUCGGUUCAGACAUAACCGGCGCAACAGACACCGUCCCGAAGCCCUUCAAUCGUUAGAUCAAGACUAG